AUGCUUUCAUGGGUCCAAAAACGUAGCACUUCGGAGCACAGGGCCGGGCUUGAGAGCCCACCGAAGGGCCCCGAGCGUCGCUGCUGGUUCGUGUGGGACCCCCUGGGCAUCCUGUUUGCCAUGGCCACGUGGGUGCUAGUGCUGAGCUCUGCGUGGUUCCUGGUCCGGGACCUGCUUGUACCAUCUAACAACAUACUCUACGCCGUGACCAACGGUGUGGUCUUCCAUCUGCUGGCCUCCCUGGCGCUCAUGUCACACCUACGGACUAUGCUGACCGACCCGGGCUCUGUGCCCUUGGGAAACCCACCCGGGCCUGACACGGUGUCCUACUGUUUCCUCUGCCUGAGUGCUGUACCAGAGAGGGCUUACCACUGCAUGGUGUGCGAACGCUGCAUUCGCAAAAACGACCACCACUGCCCCUGGGUCAACAACUGCGUGGGCGAAGACAACCAGAAAUACUUCUUGCUCUUCACUCUGUACAUUGGGCUUAUCUCAACCCACAUUCUGCUCCUGCUGGGCAUCCCUAUCCUGCUCAGCCACGCCCGGGGCGAGUGGGAUUCCAGCAGCACCGUGUCCCCACCUGGCUCCAUCCUCUUCCUCUUCCUAGUGGCCUUGAUGGGCUUCCUCUUUGCCUUGGUGAUGCUCUGCGGCCAGAUGUGUGCCAUCUACACAAACAAAACCACAACCGAGAUGCUGUACCAGAACAAGCACUCACAGGGCAGACGGUCCAUGUGGGCAAAUGUGAAGGCCGUUUGCGGCUCCCGAGUCUCCCUAGCCUGGCUCAGUCCUUUUCAUUCCCCAAAACGUCACAAAGCGAGGGAGCACCACAAAGCGAGGGAGCACCAGGAUCCGGCCUAA